GCAAUAUUAUCUCAGGAUGGAAAUCACUACAUGGCCCUAGUGCUGAUUGCCGUUGCUGCAGAAGGUUUAGAACAGUAUGAUCAAGCAUUGAAGGCAUACAAGCGUGCUAUAGAUUCUGAUGAUACACAAUUGUUAGCUUGGCAGGGUCUGUGCAGUUUCUAUGAAAAGAAUGCAAGCACUGAAUUUGUUCAAGAUCAGAUAGAUGCCUAUUUGAGGAUGGUAGAGUUCCAUGCCAGUGAUAGGGACAAGAGAGUUGAGACUGUACUGAAACUUGGAAAGUUAGUGGAUAGCAACACCAACAGUACCAAGCUUGAAAAGGUUGUUGGAAUAUACAGAGAUACAAUAAAAGAAGAGCCAGAUUUACAAAAGAAAACAGAGCUGCAAGUUGUCUUCAUCCGUAUACUGAAGUUGACCAAUGCAGAAGACAAGAACGAGCAGUUACAAGAAAUAGCCAAGGCAGUACUAGAUGCAACAGAGAAGUAUGAAGAUAGUUUAGAGGAGAUAAUUUCAUUAUAUCUCUCUCUAGUUGUCAAGAAAAACCCUACAGAAAUGAACAAAAUAUGCUCAGUGCUGUACAAGAAGUUCCCAGACUCAUCAUCUGUUUUGGGAUAUUCUGUCAUUAUCUUGCUGGAUUCACAUAUAGGUGAGGAGAAGUUGUGUACAUGUGAGGAAGUUGAGGAGAAAUUAAAGUUAUACCAGAGUAAGACAGGAGACAGUGGCACAGAAAUAUCUCUGAUUGCACAAGGUUUUGUAGCUCUUUGUAGGAAGGAAUACAAUAGUGCUAGAAGUAUAUUUAAACAAGUUCCAGACAGUUGUACGAUGGUUUGUUUACCAUAUUUCCAAGCAGUGACCUGCCAGCAGUUACAUAGAUAUGAUGCAGUUUUGAUCUAUUGUGAACAUGGGCUUAAAUUACUGCAGAGGAAAGAUCGCAUUUUAACCAGGCCUAGUACGGAAAUAUCGAAAAGCUUUCACCUGUUGAGAGUGACUUCCCUUGUUGCUGUUGGGGACAAAAUGUCACUAUCUGUUGCCAUGGAUACACUUGAGAAUGAACUUGAUAUAAGUGCAGACACUGUAUCUCUUUUGAAGGGACAUAUACACUUAAAACAAGGAGAGAUAGACAUAGCAAAGACAUGUUUAGUUGGGGAGAGUGUUAAGAGAGUUGUCCUGGAAGGUCUGAUCGCAUUACAUGAACACAGAUUCUCCGAAGCCGCACACAGGUUUGAGAAAGCUUUAAAGAGUGAACCAGAAACUGUCAGUCACCAGGUGAAUCUUGCUAAAUGUUUGUGGAAAACAGAAGACAGAAAACAAGAAUGUUUCACCAUAUUAUUAAAGGCCGCUAAAACAAGGAUCCUUACAAAACUGUGA